AUGACUGUUGAGAAUCAGACAGCGCGAGACAGCUCCUUUCAGAGCAGCAAGAUGUCACGGAGGAGAGCGUGUCCAGUUUGUCGGCGUUUCUACACCAACGUGCAGGCUCAUCUCGCCCAGAUUCAUCAGCAGGGUCCAGAGGAACGCGGGCUUCACCUGGCGGCGGCGAGCGGCAGGAAAGGUUUCCGCCGGCUAGACUGCCACCUGUUCGACCUUCACCAGCUCGCCGGGGACACGGUCAGGAAGUUACUACUCGGCGCCAAAAUAAAGCUGCUCAACAACAACUGCAAGCUUUCGGCCUCAGAGAUGUCCCCAAAGCCACGGCCAACAGCAAGCAGGAGAGGAGACACGUCGAGCACUUCCUUCACUUUGUGGGCCAACACGGACAGUCCCCUGGCAGCCCACCUGAAGUACAUUGACAAUAGACUGACCGAGGGCCGAGUUGGCUCCACAAGGUUGUCGAGUCUCCAAAGACUGCUGCAGUGGGAGUGCAGACAUCUGUCCGGUCGAGUCGUGCUCCACAGGCAAGGCGUGCGAGCGGAGAAGAGCGUGGGAGUACUUACGGCUCCUGCACGGCAAACUGUCGGACGCUGUCCCUGCUUCGCUGAUCUGAAGGCUCGUCCAGCAGACCCGGACAUGCUCAACCAUUGCAUCGGGCUGCUGUGUGCUCACUUCUUUUCGGUCAGCGGACACAGGACCGGAGUCCUGCAGAACCUCACGACUGAGGAGUUUGAGAACCUCGAGAAGGCUGACGGCGGUCUCUUUCUGAUCAAUGUGAAGCAGCACAAACCUGCCUCCGCUUUCGGACUCGCUAAGCUGGCCGUCACCAAGCUGGAGCUGAAGUGGCUGAAAGCUUUCUGCCGCCUGAGGAAGCAUAUGGCGGGAUAUGAGACUUCUGUGGGGUGGCUUUUCUUUUCUGGCACACAGGCCAGGAUUUCUGCGCAUGUCGCACAGCCGAAAUUUCCUCUUUUUUUUUUUUUUUUUUUAAGUACAUGGACGGAGCUCCGGGCAGAGGGCGAAGAGAGCGUCCAGACUCGUGAGCUCCAGACUGAUCACUGCUGAAUUUUUUCCUCAUUGAUUUCAAUGGUUUAUGCGUUCCUAGUCAGGGCAAGCUACUGUUUGUUGCACCUCUUCCAUCCUCCUCCACGGUCUGAAGCCAGCUGCAGCCACCUUUUCAUCACCGUCACAAUCUCAGCACUUGUUGCCCUUGAUGUUAACGGGUUCUUUCGGACAGCAUCUAAUGAACAUGAGGCAAAACAGUUGACAACUUCUGCAAUUCGAGACACGCUAAAAAGGCUAUUUAUACUUCUACGUCAGACCUUUGCGUUGCCUGAUGUGCACCUCUAAAAAACUGUAAUAACGUCUGUGUAUGCAGACAACAGUUGUGAUUGGUCCUUUGUGCAAACAGAGACCCUCCCCAGGAUGAUAAAUAUAUCUGCAGUAAUUUCAUAUUCACUGAGAAUAAAUGUAAUGACGCAGAUUGCUUGUAGCUUAUAAUAAAAAUGCUGAGGCUUAUUACACACUUAUUCAAGUUACAGUUAAAUAAUGAAUAUGGGCUUAAAGUGCAGUCCCUCAUCUUUAAUUUAAAUGUAUUCACAUCCACAUUGGAGGAAUGGUUUAGGAAUUACAGCUCUUUAAUAUGUAGCCCCCUCUUUUUCAAGGGACCAAAAGUAAUUGGCCAUUUUACUCAAAAGCUGUUUCAUGGACAGGUGUGGGCUAUUCCUUCUCUAUUUCAUCAGUUAAGCACAGGGUAGCUGCAGGUAUCA